UUCCCCCUUUUUUGAUUUGGGACAGUGUGGAAGGGACAACAAUAGUGGAAUUUUAGAAAGUUUGUAAAUAGGAGAUUUUCUUGAAAAUAAUUCUAUAAAUAUUCCAUGCAUCACUCCUACUUCGUUCCAAGUAUUAUACACAACAUCUCGGACAUUAUACUCUUUACACAUUUUAUUAUAAAAGCAAUAAUAAUUACUAAUUGCUAAAUUAUUCAUAAACCACAUAGCUUAUUUAAUGCAAUUUUUUAAAAAACAAUUGUUUAUGUUCAAAAAUGUUUACUGCCUCCUCUUUUUCAACAUGCUGAAUGUCAGGAUUCUUUGAUUUUUUGCGAUUUUAAAACCUGGCGUUUAUGAGCAUUUAUGAAUGUUUUGAGCAUUCAAUAGGUACCAAAGUGAAUUUCACUAGGCUUUAUAUUGAAAUGCUCAAAUAAUAACACCCUUUGACAUUCUUAAACCACAAGUGAGAACAGACCUCAACAAUAUAAUGACACGGAAAUACUAAUCUAAGUACAUACCUUGCUUAUGCCACUUACCAAGUCAAUGUAUAUAAUAGUUUGAUUUUUUGUUAUAUCUUUAUUGAAAAAAAACAACUGAUAACUGUAAAUUAGUGUUGUUUGAUGUGUCCAACUCUUAUGCACAAACAUGUUCAUCAUAGUUUUACAAACCAAUUGAACAUACAAACUGAUGGUUCUGUCCUAGGAAACAUUCUUACUGUUAAUUUGGAGAAUGAGAUAGUCCUGAGACUAUCUGAUACUGUUAAAUAUUGGAACCACAUAUAUAUGACACCAUAGCUUUUGAUUGAGAAGGUAUGUAAAUAACGAAUAGCAGCCAUCAAAACAUUCAGUGUACUUAUGAAGUAGAGCAGAAAGGUUUAAUUAAAACAUGCACAGUAUCUUUCUAAGUGCUACAAAUAUGACGGACCACUUGCUUGCCAGAUGAUUGCUCUACUCUGACUGUGCCAUUGAUCUAAUGCUAUCUUCCUGGCACAUGUAGUUGACGAGUCAAGGUGAGACAUAGGUAUUUCUUGCGACAUACCUUUUUACUAACACAUGCCAACAAGAUGUCACCGAUUGAUGCACAACCGGAGAUUGAGUACCAACUGACAAAUCAAAUUUGCCACAUUUGUUAUCAAUAUUUAAUUUUUUACUAGUGUGGACUAUAAAGUUGGAAAGUUUAAUAAUGAUCUUAUCUCUAAUUAUAUGCUAAUAGAAAUUGAAGGUCAGCAUUUUUCACAAAUUCCUGUAUUUCGAAUAUUUAAAUCAUAAAUAUCUAAGAACUAAAAAAGCUUUUUACAAAACUCCAAAACAUUAUGUAAUUUUUAUCCUCUGUGACAUAUCAAAAUAACUUUUAAGAGUGCAGAAAAAUUUUCUGCUGGAGAAGAGGCCAUCUUAACCAUGUAAAGUAGGUGCAAAUGCAAGUUAAUUUUGCUUAUCUUUCGAAAUAGUUAUGGGAUAUUUUUUCAUGGUUAUGGUUUCAAUAAUAUGUACUUAUAUUUUAAUUUUCAGAAAAAAACACAAAAGAAAACAAAAAUGGAAUUUUACACACCACUCUCAUCAGAUUUUACUAUUGGAAUGGAACCAAAGUCUACCCUAAAACGAGAUCCAGUGAUUGAUCAGAAGGAGCAGAAACCACAACCGUUUUACUCAUCUGAUGUAGCAAUAUCAGCCGGUACAAAUAAACCUUAUCCUUCUGGGAAAAAAGGAGAUGUUAAAUUGCCUUCAUUUUGGUGUACUGUUUGCAAUGUACAUCUUCAAUUUCCAAUACAGGCCUUACAGCAUUUUACUGGGAAAUCCCAUAUUUUCAAAUUAGAGAAUCGCGGUCAUCAUUCUAACAACAAAUGGAACACUGAAAGUCAGAGAAAACGAUUUCAAGUGAAAUCUACUCAAAGUAGUAAGAGUGCUACUGUUACGAAAGGAGGAUAUGAUUCAUGGUAUAAAAGGCCUGCAUCAUAUCAGGACUUUUCUAAGAAUGAGCCUGCUGCUAAAAUACAGAAACUUGUUCCAAAAUCUUCAGAGGAGAUAUUGGACAAAGAAUUGCUCUGCAAUGAUUGCGAGGUUAUGUUUACUUCUUCCUGGCAGGCUCAUCAGCAUUUUAAAGGUAAAAAGCAUUCCUUGAUAGCAGCUUCAAAAGCAGCUACAAGUUAUGAAAAAGUACCCUUAACUUGCCAUCAGGGGAAGAAAGAAGAUCUUAAUAAGUUUCACUGCCAAUAUUGUGAUAUUUCGUUGAACUCGUAUGAGCAGUUCAAGCAACAUUGCAAUGGUAUCCGCCACAAACACAAAAUGGGUGAAAUAAAGCAAUUGCCAGAUUGGUGGAUGGAACAACAAAAUGGAUAUGAUGCAACAAAUACAAAAAAAGGAAGUGGAAAAGGCAUAACAGGUCAAUACAAUUGUGAUGUUUGCGAUGUUUUGUUGAAUUCACAGUUGCAGCUUAGUCAACACUUAAUCAGCCCAAGACAUAAAGCUAACAAAGAUUUUAAAACGUCUGGAAGAGGAAGAGGCAAUCAAAGAGGUCGAGGCUCAGUCAGAGGACAGUCACAUAAAACAAAACCGUUUCGUGGAAGAGGAAGUUUUUCUGGCCAAAAUCAGCGAGGGAGUGAUGUAAGGUAUGCAAGAGGCACCCGGGAAAGACCUAAUAAUAGUUAUCAACAAAUCCGUACAGAAAACAGAGGAGACCGAUAUAACAAAGCAGUUUCAGCACAUACUAGUGAAUCCACGUUUGAAAAAAAUAGCAAUUUUGUUACACCUUCCACAUUUUAUAACGAUGUAUAUAACAAGUACAAUGAAAAUCAAAGUUUCGCAAAUUCUUGGUAUAAUAAUACGGUACCAAGUUUUCAAAGUUCUCAAAGUUGGUCAGGAAACUUUAGUAAUACAGAUUCUGGUAGGCAAACAGCUGAUGUUACUAGUACCAGUUUUUUCACUCAACAACCAGCCCCACAAAGUAACGACUUUUUGUACGAUUCGUUUUACUUGUGAAAUGUCAUACAUGCUACAAUUUUAUUAUAUUAUUUUUAUUUUUUGGCUCUAGCAGCUUAUAUUCAAAAACUGUCUUUAUUUGUUUCCUUGAGAUCAGUGAUGGCGGAUUAAAAAUUGUCACAUUGUAAAAAACUAGGUCAAAAUAAAUUUUGGAAAUUUA